CGUCGUUUCCUGUCAGAGGACCAUAGGAAGGCAAUCGACGAUGCUGUUCACAAGUAUCCACUUGUCUUGUUCAUGAAGGGUACUCUAGAUCAGCCGCAGUGCGGGUUCUCCCGUGCAGUGUGCCAGAUACUCGACGUCCAGGGUGUUCCCCAGGAGAAGAUUAAGAGUUUCAACGUGCUGCAGGAUGAGGAUUUGAGAAAUGGCAUAAAGGAGUACUCCGAAUGGCCAACCAUUCCUCAGCUGUACGUGGAUGGUGAAUUCGUUGGCGGUUGUGACAUUGUGCUCAGCAUGCAUCAAAAUGGUGAACUUGAGGAACUGCUUGCUAAGCAUGGUCUCGUCCCACCGCUGCCAGAGCCAGUGAAGGAGUGA